UUGCCUGUGUCUUGUGGACUCUGUUUUGGGGAAAGCGUGUGUGAGCUCUGCAGUCGUGCCAUGGUGAGAGACGGGUGGCUGUCCACAGACGAGGAGUGGCCGGCCAUGAAUGCAGUGACCUAUGAUGAUGUGCAUGUCGACUUCAGUUGGGAAGAGUGGGCUUUGUUGGAUCCCUCCCAGAAGAGCCUGUACAGAGAUGUAAUGCUGGAGACCUACAGGAACCUAACUGCUAUAGGCUACAGUCGGAAAAACCAUAACAUUGAAGAACAUUGCCAAAAUUCUAGAAGACAUGGAAGGUAUGAAAGAAGUCAUUCUGGAGAGAAACCCUCUGAAUAUACUCAAUGUCUUAAAGCCUUUCUAUAUUACAGUCCUCUUCAAAGUCAUGAAAGAAUUCAUUCUGGAGAGAAACUCUAUAAAGGUAUUCAGUGUGAUAAAGCCUCUGAAUGUCACAGUAUGCUCCAGAUACAUAAACGAACACAUAGUGGCGAGAAACCCUAUGAAUGUAAUCAGUGUGGAAAAGCCUUUUCAAGACUUGGUCAUCUUCAAACACAUAAAAGAACAUAUACUGGAGAGAAACCCUAUGAAUGUAACCAGUGUGGUAAAACAUUUGCAUAUCACUGUUAUAUUCAAAUACAUAAAAGAACACAUACUGGAGAGAAACCGUAUGAAUGCAAUCAGUGUGGUAAAGAUUUUGCCUAUCACAGUAAUCUUCAAAUACAUAAAAGUACACAUACUGGAGAGAAACCUUAUGAAUGUAAUCAGUGUUGUAAAGCCUUUGCACACAACAGUGCUCUCCAAAUACAUAAAAGAACACAUAGUAGGGAGAAACCUUAUGAAUGUAAUCAGUGUGGUAAAGCUUUUGCACAAAAGAGUAGUCUCCAAAACCACAAAAGAACACAUACUGGAGAGAAACCCUACAAAUGUAAUCAGUGUGAUAAAGCCUUUGCACAUAAUAGUAAUCUCCAAAAACAUAAAAGAACACAUACUGGAGAGAAACCCUAUGAAUGCAUUCAGUGUGGUAAGGCCUUUGGAUGUCAUCGGAGUCUCCAAAUACAUAAAAGAACACAUACUGGAGAGAAACCCUAUGAAUGUGAUCACUGUGGUAAUGCUUUUGCAUAUCAUAGUUAUCUUCAAAUACACAAAAGAACGCAUACUGGAGAGAAACCUUACAAAUGUAAUCAAUGCGAUAAAGCCUUUGCACAUCACAAUUACAGCAGCCUCCAAAAACAUAAAAGGAAACAUACUGGAGAGAAACCCUAUAAAUGUAAUCAAUGCAAUAAAGCCUUUGCAUAUAACAGUAGUCUCCAAAAACAUAAAAGAGCACAUACUGGGGAGAAACCCUAUGAAUGUAAACUGUGUGAUAAAAACUUUGCAUGUCACAGACAUCUUCAAAUGCAUAGAACAACACAUACUGGAGAGAAACCCUAUGAAUGUAACCUAUGUGGUAAAGCCUUUGCAUAUCACAGUGAUCUUCUAAUACAUAAAAGAAUACACACUGGAGAGAAGCCUUAUGCAUGUGUUCAGUGUGGUAAAGCCUAUGCACGUCACAGUCAUCUUCAAAUUCAUAAAAGAGCACAUACUGGAGAGAAACCCUAUGAGUGUAAUCAAUGUGGUAAAGCCUUUUCACAACACAGUAAUCUCCAGAAACAUAAAAGAACACAAAACAUUUGAGAGAAAAACCCUAUUUAUGUAAACAAUUUGAUAGAGACUUUAAACAUCACAGUUGUUUACAUUUUCAAGAAAAAGUCUUUUUCUUCUUUUUCAUCAGUGCCUGAAAGAAGUAAAUUAUGUGCCAUGUUCAAACUAGUGUCAUGUUAACGACUAACAGUUGUGUUUGUGGAUUGUAUUUUGAAACUCUGGGAAUAGGUAAUGAAGUUUGCUGUGUGUGUGGCUGAUCUAUUUGUUCCAUUUUGUUAAGCUGUUCUUGUAUUACUACUGUGGCUUCUGCUCAUCUUCUGUUGGACUUUCGGUUGAUUGGUAGAUACUUUUUUUUUUACUUCAUUGUAUAGAAUGGAAUACCUACCAUCCAAGUAGUCCAUUGUUUAUUUAAAUAUCAGGCAAUAUGUGAUCAUACUUUUAAAGCAAUGGUAUCUGUGAAAUGGUGGUGGGUUGUUGUUCCAGUUUUGUUUUUCAUAUUUUCACAAAGUCCUUUGAGAUGUUUGUUAUCCACCUAGGUUUGGAUGUCAGUAAUUAGUCAGGGAUACAUUUCAACUCUUGUUUCUCAUGUAUCAGACGCUUGGGUACAAGUCCAAGGAUAGAAGAUGUGCCCACUGCAUGUGCUAUUUUGUUUAAACAUUUUAACAAUGUUGGCAUUAAAAUGCUUAAUAGAAGAGGAUACAAUAAUCAAUAAAUACCUCAUGUGUGUAUCCAAAGCAGCAUUUUCAUCUCUCUGGUAGAGAUGUAAUAAAAUUGAAUAAAUAAUAAUUUACUGUAUAUCUCACAACAGAGUUUGAUUUGAUAUGCAUAUACGUAUAUUAUUUGAUGUUCCAUGCUCUUUGUGUUCUCCUUAGUUAUCUGUUUGGCAAUUCAUCUUAAAGCACUGCCUUCUACGGGAAUUAUGAAGAGAUGCCAGAUAAUGUAACAGCAAUGAGUUUUAUUUAAAAAUUCUCUGUGUGUGUGUUAUGAGAUGUGAUUAUAGGUUUGACAUCAUGAUAGAUAUGUCAAGACCAGAAGACAACUUUGCACAGUCCACUUUUUGCCAUCUUUAUAUGAAUAUCAAGUUCAUGAUCCAGCCUUACACACCACAGACAUUUUCCACUUAACUGUCUCAGUGAUGCUCAAAUAAGAUUAGUUGAA